AUCACUACCAAAACCAAACCAUUCUCUCCAUGUGGAGAGGUUGAAGAGGAUCUAGGAUGCUAUGUGCAUGCAGACACCUAAGAUGCUACCCAUUUAUUUGGGGCCCAAGCUGGGCUCCUUGCAGAUUCCAGGGAGGAGGGUCUACCGUUCCUCCAAGCUCUCUGACUGUUAACCCAGAGGUGGUGUCGGCUAUUGCUUCAGGACGACCAGUGAUUGCCUUGGAGACGACCAUCCUUACGCACGGCAUGCCGUAUCCCCAGAAUCUCCAUACUGCUCAGCAGAUUGAGAGUAUCAUAAGGUCACACGAUGUUGUCCCAGCCACAAUCGGAAUUCUUAGAGGCCAAGUGAUCGUAGGGUUGAGUCAAUCUGAGAUAGAAGAGCUGGGAGCACCCUCGAAGCUACCAAAGCUGAAAGUUUCACGCAGAGACUUUGCUUAUGUUCUAAGCCAGGGUUUAAGUGGUGGAACGACCGUGUCUGGUACGAUGGUGUGCGCUCACAAGGUUGGUAUUCCCCUAUUUGUGACAGGGGGACUGGGCGGAGUGCAUCGUGAUGGGGAGCAGUCCCUUGAUGUAAGUGCUGAUCUGACAGAGCUUGGUAGAACACCUGUGGCCGUGGUGUGUGCGGGUGUUAAGUCUAUCCUGGACAUAGGACGAACCUUGGAGUAUCUUGAGACACAGGGUGUGACUGUCGCUAGUUACGGAGAGUCGAGGCAGUUCCCCGCGUUCUUCACACCAAAGAGUGGCUUUGAGGCACCUUAUUCUGUGCGUGAUCCAUUAGAGGCUGCAAAACUCAUUGAUUCCAGCCUCUCGUUUGGAACUGGUAAUGGACUUGUAAUUGGUGUGCCUAUACCGAAUGACGAUGACCUUCUAGGAGAGAAAAUUGAGACAGCCAUUCAAGACGCUCUGGUGGAAGCAAAAGCUGGAAAAAUUGCUGGGAAGGCUGUUACUCCAUUCCUGUUAGAGAGAGUUAACCAACUCACUGAUGGGCAGUCACUAGAAGCCAACAUUAGGCUGAUUGAGAACAAUGCAGUUGUUGGUAGCCAGAUCGCUGUGGAGCUGGCUAGAGUGCGUGGAAGAAGAACUAGACCAAGAAGAAGGAAAGAUAUGACUCGAAACGGUCAACCUGUUGUUAUCGGAGCAUCUAUUCUCGACUCUACUGCCAAAGUGACUUCACCAGUUAUAAAAAGGGAGGGCACAAACCUGGGCAGCCUCGUGCAAACAUAUGGAGGUGUGGGGCGGAAUAUUGCAGAGUGCAUGUCAAGACUAGACACUCCACCCAUCUUCAUCUCCUCCCUCGGGAAGGAUCCCAAUGGACUGACACUUUCACAGCACCUCACACAACUUAAAAUUCCACUGGACGGUAUAUAUGAAUGCAGUCAUUUACCCACUGCCAGCUACUGUAUCGUGUUGGACCACCAAGGAGAGGUGUACUGUGCUGUAGGGGACAUGAGCAUCAACAACAGUAUCACAGUUGACUGGGUGAGUCAGUUCACAGAGGUCCUAACUAAAGCCCCUCUAGUCUGCUUGGAUGGGAAUUUUCCCUCUGAUACAAUCAAGUUUGUGUGUGAGGUCUGCUCAGAUGCUGGAACACCAGUUUGGUAUGAGCCUACAUGCGUGGACAAAGCUAUUAAGCCCAUUGAAGCCGACUGCCUCUCAAAGAUCACAUACAGUUCACCUAACCUGAUUGAAUUGAGAAACAUGUACAACGCUUUAACUGGCGAGUCUACGUGUCUCCAAUUAUCUUCUGAGCUAACUUUGGCUGAGAAGCUGACGGAGUGUUUGCACCUCAUCCCUCCCCUCCUCACCCACGUCCCUAACCUCAUUGUAUCCCUCGGUCAAGAUGGUGUUCUUGCAUGCUCAGCAAAAGAAACUAGACACCUACACUACAGGGCAGCUGCCAAGGACCUACUUCCUGUGGGUGUGGUCAGUGUCACUGGCGCAGGAGACAGUUUUGUUGGUGCUACUAUGGCGUGUCUGAUUCGAGGAUUUUCGUGGGAUUUGUCUAUCAAGGCUGGACUGAGGGCUGCCUUCCAAUCUGUCACAUCCCACUAUGCUGUCUGCCCAAAACUGUCUCCUGAGAAUGUAACCAAAGAAUCUAUACAGAAAUGGGCUCCAUGGGAACCCACACAAAUUUAGAAAAAUUAUCAUUUAUUUUUGACAUUAAUUUGAUAAUAAUAUUUAUUCCCACCUCUUUCAAUCUGUGAUGAGAUUUUAUUUUGUUUGGGGUGACUAUUAUACAUGUAUAAGAAUUUGAAGAAUGCAACCCUCAAUUAUAGAGCAAUGCAAGCUCACUGCAUGCAGCUAGACUAGAUCCUCCCCCUUUUUCAGUUUAUAACUUUUUAUACCACCCAACCUUGCUCAGAAAAGGCAAUUCAAAUGUUGAAAUCAAAAUUAAUUAUGAAAACAGACAACACAACGUCAUCAGUAAAGUAAACACAUAUAAUGGAUAGCCUACACAGACAAGCAACACAUAAAUACAUACUACAAUAUUGCAACUAGGAAACAACAAUAAUAUGGCUUCCAGGAAAGUAUCAUAAUUAUGUAUCAGAGAGAAAGUCUGUCACUUGUCAUUUCAUAAUUUGACGUUGUGUGCCAUAAGCGGUCAUUCCUGCCUGGUUGGCUCCUCUGUUUGUACCCAUCUGCAGACCAAUCACACUGGAACUGGCUCGCUUUUGCUCUUCGGUGUCAUGACGACGUACAUUCUUCUCUGCUUCUUUCGGACCGAGCGUAGUAGCCCCUUUGAAGCCUUUCUUGCUAGCCACUCUACCCAGAGCGUGAAUGGCCGUUAUUACUUGUGGCAUGUUCUGAUUUUCGUACAGGUCCACUGUUUGAAAAGAGUCGGAUCUUGGAAGGCCGUAAGUUUCUGCUGAAGACAGGAAAUUUCCAAUGUUUUCCAUCAUUUUGAAGGCCAUUUUGUUGGUGUUGAUUUUCUUCACAGAGCCUGGUUUCAGCUUGUUGAUAGCUUUGCAGAGGUACACACCAUCCUUCAGAGCUUCAUGGAAACUGCCACCAGGGAAAGAUUCUCCAACUACCGACUGUAGCCAAACCCUUGCUUGUCUUUCUAAAUCAGAAUCAUACUUGCUGUCUUGCUUCUGCUUUAGUUCUGCAGUCAUUCCAUAACCAGUUGGUCUAGCAGCCAUGUUGCGUUGUUGUGAGCGCUUGCUUGCAGCUAGCUAGCUUGAGAAAAGGAGAUAAAAUUAAA